CGGGGGCGCGGAGGGCGGGGGAGCGGGCCCGCCUCGCAGGACCGUGCGGGGGCCGUGGGCCGCGCCGUUGGGGAGAGGGCCCCGCGGGGCGGGGCGGGAGCCGCCGCGACCAUGUCGGACCCGGCGCCCCAAGUUCCGGAGGAGAUGUUCAAGGAGGUCAAGUACUACGCGGUGGGCGACAUCGACCCGCAGGUAAUUCAGCUUCUCAAAGCUGGGAAAGCUAAGGAAGUGUCCUAUAACGCACUAGCCUCGCACAUCAUUUCAGAAGACGGGGACAAUCCAGAGGUUGGAGAAGCUCGGGAAGUCUUUGAUUUACCUGUCGUAAAGCCUUCCUGGGUGCUUCUGUCCGUUCAGUGUGGAGCUCUUCUGCCAGUGAAUGGUUUCUCUCCAGAGUCGUGUCAGAUUUUCUUUGGAGUCACUGCCUGCCUCUCUCAGGUGUCAUCUGGAGAUAGAAGUGCCCUCUGGGCUUUGCUUACUUUCUAUGGGGGGGAUUGCCAGCUGAACCUCAACAGGAAGUGCACACAUUUGGUUGUUCCAGAACCGAAGGGGGAGAAAUACGAGUGUGCUUUAAAGAGAUCAAGUAUUAAAAUUGUGACUCCCGACUGGGUCCUGGAUUGCAUAUCGGAGAAAACCAAAAAAGAUGAAGCAUUUUAUCAUCCUCGUCUAAUAAUUUAUGAAGAGGAGGAAGAGGAAGAAGAGGAGGAGGAAGAGGUAGAAAAUGAGGAACAAGAUUCCCCAAAUGAGGGCAGUACAGAUGAAAAGUCGAGCCCUGCCAGUUCUCAAGAAGGCUCUCCUUCAGGCGAGCAGCAAUUUUCACCCAAGUCGAACGCCGAGAAAUCUAAAGGGGAACUGAUGUUUGAUGAUUCUUCAGACUCAUCACCUGAAAAGCAGGAGAGAAAUCUAAACUGGACCCCAGCUGAGGUCCCACAGUUAGCUGCAGCAAAGCGCAGACUGCCGCCCGGGAAGGAGCCCGGCUUAAUUAACUUGUGUGCCAAUGUGCCGCCGGUCCCAGGCAGCAUCUUACCGCCUGAGGUCCGGGGUCACUUAAUAGCUUCGGGACAAAAUCUCCAAAAUUCCGAGAGAUCAGAAAUGAUAGCUGCUUGGAGUCCAGCCGCGCGGACAUUAAGAAACAUUACUAAUAAUGCUGACAUUCAGCAAAUUAACCGACCGUCAAACGUAGCACAUAUCUUACAGUCCCUUUCAGCACCUACAAAAAAUUUAGAACAGCAGGUGAAUCACAGCCAGCAGGGCCAUGCAAAUGCCAAUGCAGUCUUGUUCGGCCAAGUGAAAGUGACGCCAGAGCCACAUCUGCCACAACAGCAGCAUCCGCCCCAGACACAGCAGCACCCAGUUCUGCACCUUCCACCCCAGCAGAUCAUGCAGCUCCAGCAGCAGCAGCCGCAGAUUUCUCAGCAGCCUUACCCCCAGCAGCAGUCGCAUCCAUUCCCACAGCAGCAGCAAGUCCAUCAGCAUCAGUUCCCACAGCAGCAGCUGCCGUUUCCGCAGCAGCAGCUGCAUGCUCAGCAGCAGCUGCACCGUCCUCAGCAGCAGCUCCAGCCCCUGCAGCAGCAGCAUGCCCUGCAGCAACAGUUGCAUCAGCUGCAGCAACAGCAGCUGCAGCAGCAACAACUCGCACAGUUACAGCAGCAGCAGCACAGCCUGCUGCAGCAGCAGCACAGCCUUCUCCAGCAGCAGCAGCGUCUGCACCAGCAGCAGCAGCAGCAGCAGCACAUGCAAACUCAGACGGCGCAGCAUCUGAGUCAGACGCCUGGGCUGCAGCAUCCAGCUGCGCCCGCGCAGCCCCCGCACCCGCAGCCGCCGCUGCCGCAGCACCAGCUUUUUGGACACGACCCAGCAGUGGAGAUUCCAGAAGAAGGCUUCCUACUGGGAUGUGUGUUUGCAAUCGCGGAUUAUCCAGAGCAGAUGUCUGAUAAGCAGCUGCUGGCCACCUGGAAAAGGAUCAUCCAGGCGCACGGCGGCGCUGUGGACCCUGCCUUCUCCAGUCGGUGCACACACCUUCUCUGUGAGAGCCAAGUCAGUGGAAUGUACGCACAGGCAAUACGGGAGAGGAAGAGGUGUGUCACGGCACACUGGUUAAACGCCGUCUUGAAGAGGAAGAAGAUGGUGCCUCCUCAUCGCGCCCUCCACUUCCCCGUGGCGUUCCCCCCAGGAGGAAAGCCGUGUUCCCAGCACAUUAUUUCUGUGACUGGAUUUGUCGACAGUGACAGAGACGACCUCAAGUUGAUGGCUUACCUGGCAGGUGCCAAGUACACGGGCUACCUGUGCCGCAGCAACACCGUCCUCAUCUGUAAAGAACCAGCUGGUUUAAAGUAUGAAAAAGCCAAAGAGUGGAGGAUCCCCUGCGUGAAUGCCCAGUGGCUCGGCGACAUCCUUCUCGGGAACUUCGAGGCGCUGAGGCAGGUCCAGUACAGUCGCUACACCGCCUUCAACCUGGCUGACCCGUUCGCCCCCACCCCGCAGCUGGUUUUCAGUCUCCUGGAUGCUUGGAGAGUUCCACUGAAAGUGUCAGCAGAGUUGUUGAUGGGUGUGAGACUACCUACCAAAAUGAAACAGAAUGAAGUAACUAAUAGCCAGCCUUCUUCCAAAAGAGCCAGAAUUGAAGAUAUACCACCUCCUACUAAAAAGUUAACACCAGAAUUGACCCCUUUUGUGCUUUUCACUGGAUUUGAGCCUGUCCAAGUUCAACAGUAUAUUAAGAAGCUCUACAUUCUUGGUGGCGAGGUUGCUGAGUCUGCGCAGAAAUGCACGCACCUCAUCGCCAGCAAGGUGACGCGCACGGUGAAGUUCCUGACGGCCAUCUCUGUGGUGAAGCACAUAGUGACUCCAGAGUGGCUGGAAGAGUGUUUCAAAUGCCAGAAAUUUAUUGACGAGCAGAACUACCUUCUCCGGGACGCCGAGGCCGAGGUGCUUUUCUCCUUCAGUUUGGAAGAGUCCUUAAAAAGGGCACAUGUUUCUCCACUCUUUAAGGCGAAAUAUUUUUACAUCACACCUGGAAUCUGCCCGAGUCUGUCAACGAUGAAAGCGAUUGUGGAAUGUGCAGGAGGAAAAGUGCUGUCCAAACAGCCGUCUUUCCGGAAGCUUAUGGAGCACAAGCAAAACAAGAGUUUGUCAGAAAUCAUCUUAAUAUCCUGCGAAAAUGACCUUCACUUGUGUCGAGAGUAUUUCGCCCGAGGCAUAGAUGUUCAUAAUGCAGAGUUUGUUCUAACUGGAGUGCUUACACAAACACUGGACUAUGAAUCAUAUAAAUUUAACUGAUGUGUCUGCACUGCCGUGUGACUGGAGUCCCGGAGUGCCAGCUGCUGGACGGAGCGGCCAGUGCUCCCUCACACGCCCUUGUUUUCCAGCUGCUUCCGUAGGUGACAAGCGUUUUAAAGCAGGAAAACAAAUAUAAUAAAUAUACUGCAUCUUAUUAAGAUGUGUAAUUUUAUUCUGAGGAAACAUAAAUUAUGUUUUGUAUUAUAUGACUUUAAGAGCCCACAUUAGGUUUUAUGAUUCAUUUGCCAGGUUUUUAAAUGUUUUCACAACACUGGUGACGGAACUUCAGCUACAAAUAAAAUGGUGUAAAUAAAGACCUUGCUAUCUCUAAAUUAUGGAUGUUAAAGAUUUGAAAUGUUUUGUACUUUAAUUAUUUUUAUUUCUUAUACUCUUUUCUUUUAUAUUGAUAUCUUGCCUACAUUUUAAAUAAAUGUACUUUUGAACUUAGAAUUGAGUGAUCCUUUGUUAUUCCAUGUAUUUUGCGUAAUUUAUAUGAUUUGCAUCAAACUGGAUCACAUUUUAAGUAAUUUCAAGGCAAAAUAUUUUCUAGUAAAUUUUCUCCUAAAGAAAUAAUUUCUAGAAGGCAGCCAUUCUCUAUCAAUGUAAUAAAUAAACCCCCGGGCAGAGGUGUACUCAAAAUAUUUAGCAAUCACUACAACACGGCACCAACCGGUCAGAAGCAUUAAUAGCACAAAACCUGUAUCCGUCCUGCUCUGUUCCAGAUCUGGUUCUAAUGCUCUUCCUGUUGAGUUGUAGGUACAAAAGAAUAAUUGAAGACCACUGUCUUAUCAGGGCAAUAACCACUGAUGUAUUAAUGACUACGAAUAUGCUAAUGCAUUUAAUAUAAUAACAUAAUUGCUGUAUUAAUGUCAGUGUAUUUAGUAUGUUUGUGAUCAGUACUGUCACAGACCUUCAGAUCUGGUCCCACAUCACUGUGCUCAUCAGGUAUGUUCCUGGAACACUGAGUUUAUUUCCAUAACAAUUUCUGAAAUGUCUUCCCAGAAAUAUUUGUGAUCUACUCGAGAGCUUAUUUUUUAAUUGCAGAGUCUCUACCACUAUAUCUGGAACACAGCUUAGGUGGAGCAGGUGUAUUGAAAACAUUAACACAGAGUGCGUUCCCCGUCGUGGGAACUCUCAGCGUUCACAUAGGCCUUGGGUGUUGCUCACACAGUCAAGACAGCAGUACUUACGUGUUUCUCCCAACUCUGCAGGGACAGGACGACUGGAGCUAUUUCUACAAAUGGAAAGGAAAUCACACAAUUUCACAGUUUUAAAGAAAGGAUCAGAAUGUUCCACAUUAUCCAUCCCCUAUGUGACCUUGACCUGUGGUUUUCACAGUGAUCCAUCUGAUUGCCAUGUGGGAACACCUUCAGUCUUAUCAACACGACUGAUUUAUAUUAUUUAUUGUCUACGGGAAACAUUUAUCUGUUAAGCUCUUUGAAAUACGUCCUAACAACAAUUUUUUUCAGAUGUACUACAUGCUGGCACUUACUUGUGUUUUCAGCAAACUGUCCCUCAGAUGUGUCUGCUUCUAAGUCAUACUUCUGUACCUAAGCAAACUCAGAGAGAAUUAUCUGCGAAACUGACCUUUUCCCCUCAUGUACCACAGGUGAAUUAGCAUUGCUAUGAAAUAUCUUGGAUUCUGUAAAAUCCCCUAGAAGUGCAGAAGAGUUCCUAAGUUGGAACAAAGUUUUGAUUGCAGAGUAUUCAGAAUAGUGCCCUGCUGCUUACACCUUGAUGGAAAGUGAAGACGAUGGAAUCAGCGGGCCUUCUGGGGGGAGUGUGAUGCGUCUGCUCAGUCUUCAGUGGAGACGGGGCGUUUGUUUAACCAACACGCAAGUAUGACUGAUUUGAUUAACCUUUCAAGUAGUGCUUUUUUCCAAAAGCUGCCAAGAAAUAAUCCUUAAGAACUCCAGGAGCUGUCUACAGCCAACUGGCCUGCACAGCUGCUAAGCACUGAUUUGGUGGCUCAGAGGAAGUUAGAUAUGAACAUGUAAGAAUAAAGAUUUCAAGUAAAUCCUUCUUAGAGAAGUUGAUUAGAGUAGAAAAAUUAUUUCUCAUGAGAAAAAGAAGUCUCUUUUUCGCGUACACCUCUUGUUUUGUCUGGCUGAGGCUUGUUUAAUAGAAAUAUGAUAUGAACCACGCAUGUAAUUUUAAAAUGUCUAGUAACCACAGUAAAAAAGUGUUUAAAAAUUAAUUUUUAUACUUAUUUAACACAAUAUAUUGAAAAUACUGUUUUAGCUACAAGUAAUAUUUUUAAAAAUGAUUGAGAUAGCUUUACUUUUUGUUUUGGUGCUAAGUGUUUAAAAUCCACUGUGUGUUUUACACUGGGAGCACAUCUCAAUUCUGACAAUAAAUUUUCCUUGGAAAUGU